GCAGCAGCCUCGGACUCUCAGAGAGACAGACGGACUGAGAAUCAGACGAUCAGACGGUGACUGACUGUACUUCCUGUCUGCUGUGUUUCAGCUUCACUCAGAGACAACAUGGCUUCCAGAUCAGAGGAAGAUCUCUGCUGUCCGAUCUGUCAGGAAGUCUUUAGAGAUCCUGUUGUUCUGUCCUGUAGCCACAGCUUCUGUAAAGCCUGUCUGCAGACCUGGUGGGAUGGGAAAGAAGUAAAGGAGUGUCCAGUCUGUAAGACAAGAUCAUUGAUGGAUCAUCCUCCCUGUAACCUGUCUUUAAAGAACCUGUGUGAGACCUUCUUACUGGAGAGAGAUCAGAGAUCUUCAGAGGCUCUCUGCAGUCUGCACUCUGAGAAACUCGGACUCUUCUGUCUGGACCAUCAGCAGCCAGUGUAUCUCGUCUGCAGAGAUUCAAGAACACACAUCAACCACAGAUUCAGACCCAUCGAUGAAGCUGCUCAGGAUCUCGGAGAGGAGCUCCAGAAGUCUCUGCAGCCCUUUGAGCAGAAACUGAAGCUCUUUGAAGAAGUUAAAGUGAAGUUUGAUCUAACAGCAGGACACCUGAAGGUCCAGGCUCAACGCACAGAGACGCAGAUUAAGGAGCAGUUUAAGAAGCUUCACCAGUUUCUAGAAGAGGAAGAGAAGGCCAGGAUCGCUGCCCUGAGGGAGGAAGAGGAGCAGAAGAGAAGGAUGAUGAAGGAGAAUAUGGAGGCUGUGAGCAGAGAGAUAGCAGCUCUUUCACACACAGUCAGAGACACAGAGGAGGAGCUGAGAGCUGAAGACGUCUCCUUCCUGCUCAACUACAAGGCUGCGGUGGAGAGGCUGCAGCGCCCCCUGCUGGAGGAUCCACAGCUGCCCUCAGGAGCUCUGAUAGACCAGGCCAAACAUCUGGGCAACCUCAGCUUCAACAUCUGGAUCAAGAUGAUGGACAUGGUGUCCUACUCUCCUCUCAUCCUGGACCCAAACACUGCUUAUCCAAACCUCAUCCUGUCUGAAGAUCUGACCAGUGUGAGACGAGCAGGAGGGAGACAGAAACUUCCUGAUAAUCCAGAGAGGUUUGAUAAUUACAUCUCUGUCCUGGGCUCUGAGGGCUUUAACUCAGGGACUCACAGCUGGGAUGUCCAGGUUACAGACUGUACACGCUGGUUACUGGGUGUGUCAGCAGAGUCUGUCCAGAGGAAGGGAAGCAUGAAGUCUGGAUUAUGGGGAAUAUGUUUCUAUGGAGGUAAAUACUCAGCAUGUUCACCACCAGGUCCACCCACUCGUCUCCGCCUGAAGAAGAAGCUCCAGAGAGUCAGAGUGGAUCUGGACUGGAACAGAGGGAAGUUGUCGUUCUCUGAUCCUGACACUAACGCACACAUACACACCUUCACACACACUUUCAUUGAGAUGAUGUUUCCAUACAUUAACACUGCGGAGGAAGUGAAGAUAUUACCACUGAAGGUGUGUGUGACAGUGGAUCAGAGCAGGUAGAGAUAGAGAGGAUCAUUAACUCCAUAUUUAUUAUCUCUUAAAGGGAAAAUAAACUGCAUGUAACCUCUGCAGCUGCACCUCCUGCUGUCUCAUUAUAACAAACAUGUUUAUUUUUGUUGCACUGGUUAUUUAGUAAUACAGUCAUAUUUCCGUUUAUCAGAAUCAGAUUGUUUUAGUCCCACAGAGGGGAAAUUGACUACAAAAUCACCCUCUUCACUCAUCAGUGCAUAUAUGGAAAUGCUCCCUCCUACAUCAAGGACUCACCCCACAAACCUCCACGAGGAACCUACGUUCAGUAAAGGCAAACCUCCUCAUCCCACCAAGGACAAAACUGAAGACCAUGGGAGACCGAGCCUUCUGCUCCGCUGCUCCGAGACUGUGGAAUGCCCUCCCAAACCAGCUGAGGACACCACAGACUGUGGAUGCUUUUAAAAAAGGCCUAAAAACGCAUCUUUUUAGAAUAGCCUUUAACUAGAUUUUUAAAUCCCCCACAUUAUGCCAUGCCGGCAUGAAUUUCACGGCUUCUAUUAUGUUUUUUAAAAAAUUGUUUUUUAUUGUUUUUGUUGUUCUGUUUCACCCUUUUUA